GUUAAUGCAAAAAAAAAUAAACGUUAAUAUCAAGGACGAGCUUGGUGGCGUGGAACUGCCCCCACUUUCGAAGAUUAGCAAAAACUUUUCCUCCCAACCAGCCGACAUCAUCGUACAAUGGCCAACCGAAACCAAAGAAGUUCAUAUUACUGCAUCAUACAAUCGUACUAAGAAAAAUUUUCAGUGGACAGUGACUCGAGAAACGGUGUCCUUGACGGAGUUAAAAAAGAAGCUAUGUGAAUUUUUCACAUUUCCAGAUGGGACAGAAGACGAACAUAUUGUCAUAGGUCGUGUGGAGAGAAGAAUUUCAAAAUCCACGCUGAACUUGCAGAGUGAGAUGGAAAGUGCGACAGUCGAUAUGGAAAAUGUAGAAAGUGCAGGACGUAAAAUCAUCAAUUUUUCUAAAGACGAAGAUUUAGCGGGCAUUGUCUGGACUGCUGACCACCGUGUGGUUGAAUUGAAUAUCGUUGUAGAUACAUGCUCUCUUUGGUUUGCAAUAUGAUAACUGUGAUGAGCUACCAAAAUGUAAAUUAUUUGCUGGCGAUCUCAUUGAUAGUUUUUUAGAUAAAAAAAUUUUAGAGGAAGUGAUUCAAGAGAUUUUAAGAAAGCAUACGGUAUCACGACCCAUCAGGGCCGACGUAAAUGAGGCCACCCGUCGUGAAUUUAUUUCUUCAAUUAUUUAUGGUGUAGCAUCAAACUUCCGGGGUCUUGUAAAGAUAUAUCCUGAAGAGCAAGUCACCGGUACUCAUGGUAAAGGGCCUGUUGAUUGGAUUAUAAAGAUAGGCAAUAUUAUUAUCUGCGUGACUGAAG